AUUUUUGGAAGAAUCAUAAAAGCCCAACCCCUCUAUUUUAUGUGACCAUCAUUUCACCUUCUUUCUCUGGCUCCAACAAAGAGUACCUCGAUCUUAUCAUGGAAGAGCAUAUUAACACACAGACUAUAGCUCGAGACUACUUUCCCUCAUCUUCCACCACCACCACCGCGACGACGACCUCCACCUCCACUUCCACCUCUUCCUCCACCACCACCACCUCUUUUUCGACAAAUUCGGAUGGUUCAAACUCAUUUUCAAGUUUAGACCAAGUCACAAAAAGCACAUUGAAGGUUCAAAAAGGCUCCAAGAGAGCUCAAGAAGCCGAAAAUGGCAACGAGCACCGGAGGCAGCGCAAGGGCGGCGAUGAGAAGCACCCAACGUAUCGCGGAGUCCGGAUGCGUUCUUGGGGCAAAUGGGUGUCUGAAAUUCGUGAGCCGAGGAAGAAAUCAAGAAUAUGGCUUGGAACUUUUCCGACGGCUGAAAUGGCGGCUCGAGCCCAUGAUGUAGCAGCUCUAGCCAUCAAAGGCCACUCUGCUUAUCUCAAUUUCCCUAAACUUGCGCAUGAACUUCCCCGGCCGGCCACCACCUCGCCGAAGGACAUCCAAGCCGCCGCUUCCAAGGCCGCUGCAGCCACUUUUGCUGGUGAAGCUGAAGCAGAGCCGAGCCAAGCCGUGCUUCUGACUUCCCAUUCGUCAACCACCUUGUCAUCACGAAACACUCAGGGAUCAUUCAAUUCUCCAUCAGAGGGUGAUGAUGAUAUAUUCUUUGACCUGCCGGAUCUCUCCCUCGAUUGCUCGGAUCACAGUGAUGGAUACUGUUACUCGGGCUCGUCGUGGCAGCUGGCUGGAGCCGAUACAGGACUCCGGCUCGAGGAGCCAUUUCUAUGGGAGUACUAGUAAAAUUAGUGAUUAGUGAAGUCUCAUGUCAGCAACAAAACUAACUUUCAGUUCAAUUCUUCAAACAUGGUUACAACUCAUUUCAUUUUCUGUAAAAAAAGGGAAGUAACCCAAUUGUGGAAAGUCAUGCAUGUUUAUACCUUCAAAAAUAAGUUUGGCUUCUUUUUAAUUUGGUUCAGCUUGGAUUUGCAGCCUGAAAGGGUUGCAUACAUUUGUUGUUUUGCUAACAUGUGCCCUUAAUGUGACAAUGAAGUUCAUUUUCUCCAGUAUAAAA